GCACCGGCUGCACCGCUCUCUGGGUCUCUGUGCGUUCGGCAUGCUCAGCCUCCCGUAGAGUCGCAGGAUGUUCUCCUGGGUGGUGAAGGUCGUUCCUCAGCCUGCUGAAGCUCCGGCUGCUGCUGAGUCGGUGAAGAAGAAUGAAGCCAAGAAUGCUUCAGCAACGAGCCCUGAGGAAGCCUCAGAGGACGGCCAGAGCAACGGGGGAGUGAUGGGCUGGCUGUCCAACGGCUUCGUCAGCGCGCUGCCGCAGCCGCCGGGGUCACCUCUGCUCAAGGGGUCCAACGUAGACUGCAGGCCAGGAGAGGAUGGAGAUCGGACCGGCGUGAUGGGCUGGGUCGCUCAGGGUCUGACCAAGGUUCUGCCUCAGCCGGAUGAGAAGUACCGAGAAGCGGCUGAGACCCAGAACGCCGCCGAGGAGCACACCGAGGUGUUCGAGGCAGCGACAAUGCCAGAUUAUGACCCGCUUCCUCACAUCCCCGUGGUGGAGGUGGUGUCGGAGGAGGAAGUUUCUGAAGUGGAGAGUUUGGCUCCUCAGUUCCGUCCAAAGGUGGUGAACUGGAUAAAGCAGAUAGUCCCUCAGCCAGUGAUUCUGCCCUCUGGUGGCGUACCUGUGGAAGCGCCACCAAAAGUCUCUCGCUCCUCUCUAGACAAAGUGCUGUCGCCUCCGCCAGAGUCUCUCAGUGGGAUUUCACUGGACACCGACAGCAGAGCUGGAGUGGUGGACUGGUUCGUGUCCGGCCUGGGUCUGAAGAUGCCGCAGCUCGUAAUGCCGCCCAAAGACGAAGCUGAGGGAGCGACUGAAGUGCUGCAGAAAGCUUCCUCCAAACUGAAGCCCGACAUGGUUCUGGAGGACAUGGAGUCGGACAACGAGGGCCAGAACCGCCCUAAAGCUGCAGGAUCCCAGGGUCCAGCGGGCGACCCGGCCCAGCAGGAGAGGGGGAGGUCCGGCUCUGCGCAGGCUCUGGGGAGAUGCGCCACCCAAGUGGCCCCGCAGGACCCGGCUUCAGACAGCGGGACAAAAACAUCUCAGGAAGACGCAGAGACCCAGACGGGCCGCUGGACGCCGUUCAUCGAAAGCAUUAAGAAGGAGGCUGAAGGCGUGGCGCUGGCCUCCAUGGAGGAACGCCUGCUGCUGGAGCGCAUGGAGAUGGCCCGCCUGGCCGAAGAGGUGGCCCGGCAGACGGCAGAGAUGGCGGUGAGGCAGAUGGCCAGCGAGGGAACCUCCAUCAAACUCUCCCUGGAGAGCCAGGAGCUGCUGGAGGAACCAGAGGAACCGGAGGAACCGGAGGAACCGGAGGCCGAGUGAGAACGUCUUCAGGAUUUCAUCUGGGACCAACAUUAUGAGGAACCUGACUGACUGUUUUAACCUGACUGACUGUUUUAACCUGACUGACUGUUUUAUCCUGACUGAC